UUCACAGCCAGUUAGUCUAAAGUCGCGUUAGUACACAUAGGUUAAUAUAGGUCACGGACAUGUAUACAACCGUGGAAUAGGUAGUACACGUUAGAAUAUAACCUAUAAAAGGUGUAUAACACGUGAGUAAAAUCGAAAACUAAAUGAGUUUAUUUGUGAUAAACAGAUAUGAGGGUGAAAAAGAAGAAACGAAAAAUGAAAGGAAUCAUUUGUCUGAAUUAUUAAAAAGAAUAGAAGAACGUAAAGUAGAAAGAGCUAUUAAAACUAAUCAUCAAAUACAAGAAAGUAGUUUUCAAAAUGCACAAGAAUCGAAUUAUAAAAAGAAAAAAGCAGAAAAUCUUAAUAAAUGUCCAAUAGAAAAUAGUAAUUUGAAUGAAAAUAGUAUAUCAAGUGACAUUAAAAGAAAGGCAGAAGUACAUGUUUCAGAGCAUAGAAAGAAUAAAAAGAAAAGGAAAUAUAGCGAAGAAAGUUCUAAUGAAACAAUUAAAACUGCAGAUAAAACAUUGCAAAGUGAAAAUACAGAUAAUCAGGAUAAUGAAAUACCUAAUAAAUCAUCAGAUCCAAAUGAAACACAAGAAAAAAUAUCAGGACAGAAUAGUGAUUUCAUAAUUCUGGGUGUAAAAAAUAAGCGAAGGAAGCGUGAAGUUAAGAGAAUUCUACCAGAAUGGUUGGCUAAUCCAGAAGUCAUAUCUAUUGAUUUAAAUAGUGGUCCAACCUUAGAAGAUAUGAAUUCAAUUUUAGAUUCUAAGCUUAUUGAAGCUUUAAGAGCUAAUGGCAUUAAUAAAUUAUUUCCUGUUCAAGCUAGUAUGGUAUCUUGGCUAUUGAAGUGUAAUAAAGAUAGGCAACAAAAAUGGUGGUUGAGGGAUACAUGUGUAUCUGCUCCUACAGGCAGUGGUAAAACUCUAGCGUAUGUUCUACCAAUUGUCCAAAUAUUACAGUUUCGAUUAGUUCCAAAGGUGCGUUGUUUAGUUGUUGCACCUGUACAAGAAUUAGCUAUGCAAAUUUACAAAGUGAUGGUUACAUAUACUUCGCAUACAAAUUUAAGAGUUGGUUUACUUUCUGGCGCAUCAGCAUUUCAUGAAGAACAAAGAAAUAUUCGAAAAGAGAAUGAUAGAGGAGAAUAUAUCUCUCUAGUGGAUAUAGUGGUUGCUACACCUGGACGGUUAAUAGACCAUAUAUUAAAAACAUCAGGAUUUUCAUUGGAUGAUAUCAGAUUUCUUGUAAUUGAUGAAGCAGAUACAGCUGCUGAUUGGUUGGAGUAUCUUCCCGAGCCUCAUUAUCAAACACCUCGAUUAACACUUUCCAACUUACGUUCUAGUAAAAUUCCAGCUCAAAAAUUAUUAUUCAGUGCAACAUUAUCACAAGAUCCUGAAAAACUUAAUCGGCUUGGACUCUUUCACCCAAUAUUGUUUACGUCUGUUUUGGUGACAGGCAAGGACGAUGAUGUAAAUUUAGAUAAAGAAGCGGUUAAUUUUAUAGGGCGUUAUACAAGCCCAGAAGAAUUAAAAGAAGAAGCAAUAGAAUGUGAAGCAGAAUAUAAACCAGUAGCUUUAUAUCAGUUAUUAAUCAGGGAUGGUAUCACUUCUAAGGCAUUAAUAUUUACAAAUUCUGGAGGAACUGCUCAUAGAUUAACUAUUUUACUCCAAUCACUCUUAUCUAAAAAGAAUAUAGUAGUUGGAGAACUUUCUGCACAACUUGUAUCAAAAGAACGUGAGGAUAUACUUACGAAAUUUACAAGUGGAAACAUUCAAAUACUUGUAUGUUCAGAUGCAUUAGCAAGAGGUGUAGAUAUUCCAAAUGUACAAUUAGUCAUAUCUUAUGAUCUCCCUAAACAUAUUAAUGGUUAUAUUCACAGAGCAGGAAGAACAGGACGUGCAGGUAAAUCCGGUACUGCUAUAUCUAUUCUGACACCCAAACAAGUUAAAAUAUUUAAGCAUAUGUUGAAUAAUGCGCAUAAAGUAAUACCACAUGUUGAAAAAAUCGAACUAAGUUCUAUUAUAAAUGAAAUCGAUUAUUUGAGUCAUAUUGAUAAAUUAAAACAUGCUCUUGAAAUAGAGAAACAGAAUAACUUAUUACGUGUAAAAGCUGCUAAACGAAGUUAUCCAGUAACUGUAAAAUAAAAGUCAUUACUUUUUGUACAAAUAUUGCUAAAUAAAAUAUAAUUUAACUGAAA